ACUAGUAGUAGUACUGUUACCAGUACAGAGAAGAAGCUCAGACGAAUCUCAACCGUUGGAUUUCGAAGCUUCCAUUUAACGAAUGCUUCAUUUCGCUUUCUUUCGAAGCUCGCUCUCUCUCUCUCUCUCUCUCUCUUUCUUCGACCAUUAAUCUGUGCUUUUCACGUUCUUAAUCGCAGAUUGUGAUUGAUUGAUUUUUUCCCAAAAAAGGGGUUGCGAUAAGUUAAGCAUAAUUCAAUACAGGUUGUUCAUAGUUGUAGAUUUAGAGAGGGAGAGAGUUCUGAUUAAAAGGUUGAAUUUUAGAGAGAGAAAGAAGAGAGAGAGAGAGAGAGAGAGAGAGAGAGUGGGAGAUGAGCGCAAUGGGACGGCAGAUGCAGAGAUCUGGUGCGUCAACGGUUCAUCACCAGCGACAGUACUCCGACAACUUCUUGGAGACCUCAUCCAACGGCCGAUGGCUUCAAUCAGCCGGCCUUCAACACCUCCAGUCUUCAAACACAUCUGUUCCUCCUCCACAGGACUAUGGUUACUAUGGUGGAGGUCAGGGAUCGAGAAUGUAUAGGAAUGUGCAGAGGGGUUUUAAUGGUGGAAAUGAGUUUUUUAUGGAGCCAUCGACUCCUCCGGUUGAUUCACGGUCUUCGAGCCAGAGGAAGAACAGUGAGGAGCAACUUUCCCAGAGUGAGUUCAGCCCUGGGCUCUUAGAUCUGCAUUCUCUGGACACUGAACUGCUUCCUGAGAUGCCAGUUGCUGGCCUGUAUGAUGCCCCUUCUAUGUAUCAUUUGACUCGCGGCAGAAGCUUUGAUGACUCUGAGCCAUACCUUGGGAACAUCAAACAAACUGGCAGAGUUCGUGGUUUGCCAGAGAACAACCUUUUGAAAAGUUUUGCUCCCGAUAAGGAAAAGGCCAGCAAUGUUGCAAAGAUCAAAGUUGUGGUGCGUAAGAGGCCCUUAAAUAAAAAGGAGUUGGCAAAGAAUGACGAAGACAUCAUAACCAUACAAGGGCAAUCCAAUUCUUUAACAGUACACGAGACUAAACUCAAGGUUGACCUAACGGAAUAUGUGGAAAAACAUGAAUUUGUUUUUGAUGCAGUUCUGAAUGAGGAGGUUUCAAAUGAUGAGGUGUAUCGUGAAACUGUGGAGCCUAUAGUUCCCAUAAUUUUUCAACGCACCAAAGCAACAUGUUUUGCAUAUGGGCAAACAGGGAGUGGAAAAACUUUUACUAUGAAACCAUUGCCCCUUAAAGCAUCUCGUGAUAUUUUGAGGCUAAUGCACCAUACUUACCGGAACCAGGGCUUUCAUUUGUUUGUUAGCUUCUUUGAAAUUUACGGUGGAAAACUUUAUGAUCUCCUCAAUGAUCGGAAAAAACUUUGCAUGAGAGAGGAUGGAAAACAGCAAGUUUGCAUUGUUGGAUUGCAAGAAUACAAAGUAUCAGAAGUGGAGACAAUUAAGGAGCUCAUUGAGAAAGGAAAUGGCUCAAGAAGUACAGGCACAACUGGUGCAAAUGAGGAAUCCUCCCGGUCACAUGCCAUACUUCAACUUGUUAUCAAGAGGUCAGUUGAUGGCAGUGAAUCAAAGCCGCCCAGAGUUAUUGGCAAGCUCUCCUUUAUAGAUCUUGCUGGGAGUGAACGUGGUGCAGAUACAACUGACAAUGAUAAGCAGACAAGAAUGGAAGGAGCUGAGAUCAAUAAAAGCUUGCUUGCACUAAAAGAAUGCAUAAGAGCACUUGACAAUGACCAGGGUCAUAUUCCUUUUAGGGGCAGUAAAUUAACUGAAGUUCUGAGAGAUUCGUUUGUUGGUGACUCUCGGACAGUAAUGAUUUCUUGCAUUUCUCCUAACUCGGGAUCAUGCGAACAUACUCUCAACACUUUAAGAUAUGCUGACAGGGUGAAGAGUCUUUCAAAAGGGAACAACUCAAAGAAGGAUGUUUUAUCUUCAACGUUGAACCUGAAGGAGUCAACAACUUUUCCCUCGUCUGUUUUACCAUCUGUAUCAACCUUUGAAGACAACAUAACUGAUUCAUGGCCUGAACAAGUUGACAGAGAGGAAUUUGAUGCAUCUGAAGAGUCCUAUGAGCAAGGGAAGCCAUCAUGGAAGAAGGGUGGAAAGCUUGAAGCAUACAAUCUCUCAAAUUCCGAUGAUAAAAUGAGGAGAUCCAAUGGCCAGACAAAAUGGAAGGACCCACCAAAAUUUGAUGCUAAGAGUUCGAACUCUGAUGAUGAUUUGAAUGCCCUUUUAAAGGAAGAGGAAGAUCUUGUAAGUGCUCACCGGAGGCAAGUGGAGGAGACGAUGGACAUUGUUAGAGAGGAAAUGAACCUGCUGGUUGAGGCAGAUCAGCCGGGCAAUCAGCUGGAUGAUUAUAUAUCUCGUUUGAAUGCAAUCCUAUCCCAGAAGGCUGCAGGCAUUUUACAAUUACAAAACCGUUUGACUCAUUUUCAAAGACGCCUAAAGGAGCAUCAUGUUUUAGUAUCUUCAUCUGGUCACUAAAUCCUAUACAGAAGUGCAUAUAGAAGUUGGACGUGCUGGGUACCGCUUUUAGAAUGUGUUUUGCAGUGACCAACCCAUCGGUUGGUUUGGUUAAUUGCAACUUUCUGAUUUCAGCGGGAGGGUAUUUCCCUGCCAAGUCAAAAUUUAACAGGCUGGUUCCUUAGUCACUCUGCAAGCUUUCUGCAGUCGGUCACCUCUUGGGCUUUAGUCUUCCUUGUUUGAUAUAGGCCCCAACAAUUUAUUCUUGUCAUUUAAGAUUGCAUAUAGUUGUCAUUCUGCAUGCUUUUGUAAAGCUCUGCAGCUUGUAAUUUGAUUGAUAGAAGUGAAUAUUCUUGUUGGAUUGUGAAAGAACAUUUGUCUACAGUUGAAAAUGCUCAAAUUUUUUGGUUAAUUUACUGUUAAA